UCCCGCGGCAGCGCCCCCUGGCGGCGCAGGGCGGAGCGGGCCAAGAUGGCGGCGGAGCCGGGUCCGGGCCCGGGGGCCGACGCGGAGUUGGAGGAGCUGCUGGAGAGUGCCCUGGACGACUUUGAGCGCAGCCGCCCCGCGCCCCCUGCCCCUGCCGGCUCCUCCUGCCCCCCUUCCCCUCCCUCAGCCGCCGACUCCGCCAAGGACUCGCUGUUCUCCUCGCAGGAAAGGUUCUUCCAGGAGCUCUUUGAGGGCGAGCUGGCGGCGCAGGCGGCGGCUGAGUUCCAGGAGGCCAUGCAGGAGCUGGCACGGCAGGAGCCACAGCUGGUGGAGCAGUUCCAGAAGCUCUCGGAGGCUGCUGGGAAAGUCGGCAGCGACGCGGCCUCGCAGCAGGAAUUCACCUCCUGCCUCAAGGAGACGCUGAGCGGGCUGGCCAAGAACGCCAACGACCUCCAGAACUCGCCGGGAUCCGAGGAGGAGCUGGCCAAGGCCCUGGAGGGGCUGGGGCUGGACGAGGGCGGCGGCGACGGCGUCCUGCCCGUCAUGCGCAGCAUCAUGGAGUCCCUGCUGUCCAAGGACGUGCUCUACCCCUCCCUCAAGGAGAUCACCGAGAAGUACCCGGAGUGGCUGCGGCAGCACGAGGCAUCGCUGCCCCCGGAGCAGCGGGCGCGGUUCGGCCAGCAGCAGGCGCUGAUGCUGCGGAUCUGCGCCGAGCUGGAGCGGGAGCGGCCCGAGGAGCCCGAGGGGCAGCGCCGGGAGCGCUUCGAGACCCUGCUGGACCUGAUGCAGCAGCUGCAGGACCUGGGCCACCCCCCCAAGGAGCUGGCAGGGGACACGCCGCCAGGACUGAACCUCACAGGGGAGCAGUGCCGCCUCAUGUAGGGCACGUUUGGGGUGACCCCACAGAUUUGGGGUGUCCUCCCCAUUGAUUUGGGGCGCCCCCCCGGCUUUGGGGUGCCCCAUGGAUUUGGGGUGCCCCGGCCCCAUAAAGGAGGUGCAGAGGAGCCCAGCAGUGGGGUUGGUGCCUCCCCCCCACCCCAAUUUUGGGGUUUUUUUUUUGGGGUGGGGGGCGCAGGGACCCCCCCCAAUGUGGGGAGGUGUCCCCCCCUCACCCCCCGGUGACCCCAAUAAAGAGAUGGU